AUGCUCAAUCCCGUUUUCUCAAUCGCACACCUGCGUGAGAUGAUCCCUGUUUUCUACAAUGUGAUGUAUAAGCUUCUUGAGACUUUGCAAAAAGAGGCAAAGAAUGGACCGACGGAGAUAGACCUUUUAGAGUGGAUGUCCCGCGCUGCCCUUGAGCUCAUUGGUCAAGGAGGGCUAGGAUACUCAUUCGACCCUCUCACCAGCAAGGCCGUUCCACAUCCAUACAUCACCGCGAUCAAAGGAAUUGGUCCUGCCGGAAUGAAGAUAUUUCUACCUGCUAGGUACUUGCUCCCCCACCUCGUGAAGAUCGGUACACCGCGCAUGCGAGGCAUCAUCGCGAAAUGGAUACCAUGGCAGCCUCUUCACGAUGCUCAUGAUAUCUCAUAUGUGCUGCACAAUGUGUCUGUUGAUAUAUUCGAAUCGAAGAAACGCGCGCUGUCUGAAGGAGACGAGGCUGUUGCGAAGCAGGUAGGGCAGGGGAAGGAUCUGCUCAGUAUUCUCAUUAGAGAAAACAUGAAGGCGUCGAGUGCGGACCGACUUCCAGAGGAAGAGGUGCUAGGCCAAAUGUCGAAGAAGCUUACACCCCCGCUCGUUUUGGGGCGCUGUAGGACAUUUAUAUUUGCAGCGACCGAUACCACAUCCAGCGCACUCUCCCGGAUCUUUCACCUGCUCGUGCUGCACCCGGAUGUACAGGAUAAACUACGGAGCGAGCUAGAGACCGCACGCGACGAGGUAGGUGGUCGCGAUUUAACGUACGAUGAGCUGGUGGGUCUGCCGUACCUCGACGCUAUAUGCCGCGAGACGCUGAGACUCCAUCCGCCCGUUACCCGUGUCUCGAGGUGCACGACACAGGACGUCAUGCUAUCCCUAUCAAAACCCAUCAAGGGCAUUGACGGACAGGAGAUCCCAGCUGUCGCAGUGCCGAAGAAUACCACCGUCACCAUAGGUAUCAUGGCGUGCAACCGCGAUCCUGAGAUAUGGGGACCGGACGCGGAGGAGUGGAGGCCCGAGCGCUGGCUCGAGCCGUUGCCGGAAAGUGUGGCCCGUGCGCAUCUCCCGGGCGUCUAUUCCAAUUUGAUGACAUUUAUUGGUGGGAGUAGAGCGUGCAUCGGAUUCAAGUUUUCCCAGCUUGAAAUGAAAGUCGUUCUAUCUCUGCUCAUCCCCAAGUUCACAUUCUCGCCGUCAAAACAGGAGAUCUUCUGGAGGAUGGGAGGAAUUGCACAGCCGACAGUCGGCAGCCACUCCAACCCCAACGCCCAGCUUCCGAUUAUUAUGGAGUUGAUUCAAUAG